GCCUUUUCAACAGUCUUCAGGUAGGGUAGAGAUUGUGAAAGGGAGUAUCCACUGUCUCCAACGAAUCUCUUCUCCCACAGUUAUUUUCUGGGACACUGCACUAUACAACUUUAUUUGACGGCAGAACAAUCAGAGGCUGUAAGCUUGACACAUGGCAAAAUGCUUCUGCUGUUUCUGAGUCUCUGUUUGCUCACUUCUAAUGUCCAGUCAGAAAAACAAGGGGUUAAUGUAACGUGUGAAAAUCAAUCGGUUGUAGCAGGACAGAACCACAACCUGACAUGUAGAGUGGAUUACAGUGAUGUAGGUCAGAAUAAGACGGGUGAUGUAGGUAACAGUGAGACGGGAUGUAAAACUGAACAGUAUUUCUGGAAGGAUAAAUCAAAAACUCCAAUACGAAAUUGUGAUUGUACAAAAGAUUGUAACACUACGAUAACAACCAACACCUACUUUUGUGAGAUCAAAAAUGUUACCAAAGCUGAUGAGGGAAACUACACUUUUACCAUUAACACAAACUGUGGCAACGGACAUGGCACAUUGAAUGUUUCCGUUACAUGGGAGGUGUUCCUCAUGAUGGAACAGAUGAAGGUGUCCGUAGCAGACCUGGACUCUGUCCCUCUAGACCACGUGCUGAGUGAGGCAGGGGGCCAAGCCUUGGUGAGACAUGAGGGCAAAGGAUCCGAGGGCUUCCUGGAACACGUCUUCAAAUACGCUGCGAAGGAACUGUUUGGUCUGAAUGUCGACCAGAUCACAUACAAGACUCUCAGGACACAUGGCAAAAUGCUUCUGCUGUUUCUGAGUCUCGGUUUGUUCACUUCUAAUGUCCAGUCAGAAAAACAAGGGGUUAAUGUAACGUGUGAAAAUCAAUCGGUUGUAGCAGGACAGAACCACAACCUGACAUGUAGAGUGGAUUACAGUCAUGCAUAUCAGAAUAAGAAGGGUGAUGUAGGUAACAGUGAGACGGGAUGUAAAACUGAACAGUAUUUCUGGAAGGAUAAAUCAAAAACUCCAAUACGAAAUUGUGAUUGUACAAAAGAUUGUAACACUACGAUAACAACCAACACCUACUUUUGUGAGAUCAAAAAUGUUACCAAAGCUGAUGAGGGAAACUACACUUUUACCAUUAACACAAACUGUGGCAACGGACAUGGCACAUUGAAUGUUUCCGUUAAAUUGAGCAAUGAAAAACAAGCGUUUCUGGGAUCGUCAGGUCACCUAUCGUCAGCAUCAUCACUGUUCUGGGUUUUCUACUGUUUCUCAUCUUAAGACUUAAUAGUUCCUUGAGAAACAAUGACAAAGCUACCAGAGAGGCCCUAAACCAGAAGCCUGCAUAACUUUCAGUCUGGAUUAGCUGUGUGUGUUGGUUCUACAAUCCUUGUGGGGACAGAAAUAUCUCAUUUACAUAAGUAGUCAAACUCCUAAGUCAAUAAAUACUUUGUAGAAGCUCCUUCUGCAUUGAUUACCGCUGUGAGUCUGUCUGGGUACGUCUCAAAGAGCUUUCCACAUUUGGAUUGUUCAAAAUGUUCCCAUUAUUCUUUUCUAAAUUCUUCAAGCUCUACCAAAUUGGCUGUUGAUCAUAGCUAGAGAACCAUUUUCAGAUCUUGCCAUAGAUUGACUGUCUUCUUGGCAACUCUAGUGUAGAUUUGGCCAUGGUUUAUUGUCCAGUUGAAAGGUGAAUUCAUCUCCCAGCGUCUAGUGUAUUGGAUUUGCCUAUAACACAAAAAUAACACUUUGUAUUCAGGACAAAAACUGAAUUACUUUGCCAUGUUUUUUGCAGUACUACUAUAGUGCCUUGUUUCAAACAUGAUGCAUGUUUUGGAAUAUUUUUAUUCUGUACAGGCUUCAUUUUCACUCUGUCAAUUAUUAUUAUUUAUUUACCUUUAUUUAACU